CAGCUGAUCUAUGAGCUCAGCUCAAGCAAGCAUACAGUGACAGCGAGAUCAGAAUUUAGCAUUAUAUAAAUGCGAUAUUAUGUCGAAGUCUAAAAAUAUUAUUUUGCGGAUUCAGUCACCCGAAGGAACAAAGAGAGUUGAACUUUCUCCUAGUGACUCUACAAUUACACUUUUUGAAAAGGUCCACAAUGCCUUUGAGCUGCCAGGCUUCACAUUUGCCUUGUAUCGAGAGCCAUCGCGCGCUCAAGAGAUUGUGUCGUCACGCAGCAGCACGGUUGGCAGCAUCGGUCUGCGUCACGGAGACAUGGUCUACAUGGUAUCUAUAAACGGAACAGUACCUUGGGACAAGCCCGGGACCAGCAAGAGCUCCAGCUUAGGAGACAUAGCCAAGGGAGGUUCUGUUCCGGCGUCACCGUCCAGUAGUAGUUCGCGGUUGUCCAGCCUGAACCAAAACCACAGCCAGGGAGGUGCAGUGGUAGAGGACGAGGUCGACCAGCAGCUGGCUCUGCAAGACGGACGUUUCCACCGUACCAGGGACAGGCACUGCCAACACGUAGGUAACAGUAGAUGUUUCAACUGCUCUUCCAUUGAGCCUUACGAUGAAGCUUACCUGCGGGAACACAACAUCAAGCAUAUGUCCUUCCACGCAUACCUGCGCAAGAUGACUGCUGGCCAGGAUAAAGGAAAGUACGCUGCGUUAGAAGACAUCACGUGCCGUAUCAAGCCUGGACCUGCGUGUAAGAAACAUCCCCCAUGGCCUAGAGGGAUCUGCUCUCAUUGUCAGCCCAACGCCAUUACACUCAACAGACAGAGUUAUCGGCAUGUGGACAACGUGAUGUUUGAGAACACGGAGCUUGUGGAGCGUUUUCUGCAGUAUUGGCGCAUCUCUGGACACCAGCGGCUAGGCUUGCUGUACGGCAGGUACGAGACACAUACGGACGUCCCACUGGGCAUACGGGCCGUGGUAGCAGCGAUAUACGAACCUCCCCAGGAGAGCUCAGCAGAUCGUAUACAGCUGUUGCCAGAUGAAAGAGAGGAGAUUGUGGAGGCGCUGGCUGCUCAGUUGGGACUGCGGAGAGUUGGCUGGAUAUUUACUGACUUGCUGCCUGAAGACCUUCAGAAGGGAACGGUGAAGCAUGUCCGCAACGUCAACACACACUUCCUCUCAGCGCAGGAGUGUGUGAUGGCUGGUCACUAUCAGAACCUGCAUCCAAACCCCUGCCGUUACUCCUCCACCGGCUACUUCGGCUCCAAGUUUGUCACAGUCUGCGUCACAGGAGACGCCACCAACCAAGUACACAUGGAGGGGUAUAGUGUCAGUAACCAGUGUAUGGCCCUGGUGAGGGACGACUGUCUGGUACCUACGCGGGAUGCUCCAGAGCUCGGCUACAUCCGGGAGUCAUCAGACAAGCAAUACGUGCCUGAUGUAUUUUAUAAGGAAAAGGACUGUUAUGGCAACGAGGUGCCUCGGCUAGCUCGACCACUGCCUGUAGAGUACCUGCUAGUGGAUGUUCCUGCGUCCACACCUCUCACUCCGCUGCACACCUUCCACUGCGAGCCCAAUACAACCCCUUUCCCCGUGGAGAAUCGGUUAUUGGACGGCCACAUACAGGACUUCUCUGCACUUACUGUGUAUCUCGCGCAGUUCUCCAAGGAACAGUUUCUAGACGCUGCAUCAGACUUCCACUUCCUGCUGUAUAUAGCAACGAUGGACAGCCUUCCGAUGAAGGACGUGAUGGCGCCACUGCUGGAGGCUGUGAGGACGAGGGACGUGGCGGCCGCGGGCCGAUGGGCGGCAGACGACCACUGGGCCAAUGUAGAGCAGAUGAUGGCAGCAACUGGAGGUGGGGCAACCAGCUCUAGCAGUGAUGAGGCCCAAUGGACAUGUCCACACUGCACCUUCAUCAACCCAUCUCAGCUGCAACAAUGCGAGAUGUGCAGACUGCCCAGGUAGGACAUCUGUGCAGCUGUUGUUGCUAGCAUCAGCUCUGCUCAUGCGAGACACAACUUUCUGAAGAAAACUGCAGGAAUAAUUUAUUUUUAAUCAAUAUUUACUCUUUAAUAAAAUUUGGGAUUUUUUUUGUUUUUUUUUAUAUUAAGUUUACAUUGGCUCUGUUUAUGUUAAAUACUGCAGUACAAAUGUGCGACUUAAGUUUGUGUAAAUACUGUUUAAGGACGUAGAAGUAAUUUAUUUUUAAAGACCUCACUUUUUGAGCAUUCGAGCUUUAGCCAAGUUUUUAUAACUUAGAAAAAAGUAGGAAGCUAAUGGCCAAGCUGGAAAGUUGAGUCAGUUAGUUUAGUUUUCAAAGGUUUUUUUAAAAACGUUAUAAAAAAGUUUUGAUUGCACAGUACAGUAGUAGGAGGAAAGUUUUGUAAUUCGUCCAAAGAGUAAUUUUGAGUCACCAAGUGGCAUGUACGAUUUUUAAAGACACAAUAAAGAGAUGAAAAGUUAA